UUGAAACCAGACCUGUCCAUUACACUCGACGUACAGGCUUUGUAAUCGAUAUACGCGUCAGUAACAACAAUGUAUUGGUUCAUAAUAUUUUGCGCGUGUUAGGAACAAAUUUUAAUGACCUUUCAAGUUAGACCUAAUUGUUACAAAAGUAAAUGUUGGGAGAUUUAACAUAUAUCACAAGUUUUCGCUGACAUCUGAGAUCGACUGCUUCUGACUGAAUUAAGAUGGUGGUGUGAGAGGAAAGGUUUGUUGUUCAUGGGUGCAAAGUAUGUUUAAGUGCAUCAAACGAACGGCGCAGUGCACGAUCUAUUUACAAGCAGCUGGAAGCGGUCCCCAUCUCAGCAAAGAAAUUACGCUGGUGCCAUCUUCUCCACUCAGAAUGACUGACCCAGCUCUGAAAAGUGUGGUCACAGACAUAGUUCGUUCUCCUGAGGACAAGCGAGUUUACAGGGGCCUGGAGUUUAACAAUGGAUUGAGGGCCAUGCUCAUCAGUGACCCAACAACAGACAAAUCCUCCGCUGCUUUGGAUGUCCACAUCGGUUCGUUAUCCGACCCGGUGAACAUCGCAGGCCUGGCGCACUUUUGUGAACACAUGCUGUUCCUGGGGACAAAGAAGUACCCAAAAGAGAAUGAGUACAGCCAGUUUUUGAGUGAGCAUGCUGGCAGCUCCAAUGCCUUCACCAGUGGAGAGCACACUAACUACUACUUUGAUGUGUCUCAUGAGCACUUACAAGGAGCUUUGGAUAGGUUUGCCCAGUUCUUUCUCUGCCCGCUGUUUGACGAGAGCUGUAAAGACCGCGAGGUGAACGCUGUGGACUCUGAGCAUGACAAGAACCUGAUGAAUGAUGCUUGGAGGCUCUUUCAGCUAGAGAAGGCCACUGGAAACCCAAAUCACCCCUUCAGUAAAUUUGGAACAGGGAACAAGCUGACCCUUGAGACGAGACCAUCUAAUGACGGCAUUGAUGUCCGCCAGGAACUCCUUGAGUUUCACUCUACAUAUUACUCCUCUAAUCUAAUGGGCCUCUGUGUUUUAGGAAGAGAAUCGCUAGAUGAGCUGACUUCUAUGGUGGUCAAGUUAUUUGCAGAAGUAGAGAACAAGAAUGUGCCGAUCCCGGAAUUUCCUGAUCACCCCUUUCAAGAUGAAUAUCUAAAACAAUUCUACAAAGUGGUGCCCAUAAAAGACAUAAGGAAUCUGUACGUGACGUUCCCCAUCCCAGACCUGCAGAAAUACUAUAAAUCAAACCCAGGGCAUUAUCUGGGACAUCUGAUAGGUCAUGAAGGACCUGGAAGUUUGUUAUCCGAACUAAAAAGUAAAGGAUGGGUGAAUACACUUGUUGGAGGUCAAAAAGAAGGAGCCAGAGGAUUCAUGUUCUUCAUCAUCAAUGUAGACUUGACAGAAGAAGGCCUUUUGCACGUGGAGGACAUUAUCUUUCACAUGUUCCAGUAUAUCCAGAAACUGCGCACAGAGGGACCUCAGGAGUGGGUGUUUCAGGAGUGCAAAGAUUUAAACAAGGUAGCCUUCCGGUUUAAAGACAAGGAGCGACCCCGUGGCUACACCUCCAAGGUGUCUGGUUUACUACAUUUUUACCCACUUGAAGAGGUUCUAGCUGCAGAGUAUCUUUUAGAAGACUUCAGGCCAGACUUAAUUGAGAUGGUGCUGGACAAGCUGAGACCAGAAUAUGUCCGGGUUGUUUUGGUUUCAAAAUCAUUUGACGGACGGACAGACAAGGCAGAAGAAUGGUAUGGUACACAGUACAAACAGGAGCCUAUCUCUGAGGAGACCAUCAAGAAAUGGGCCGGUGCGGACCUCAACGGCAAGUUCAAGUUACCAAUGAAAAAUGAGUUCAUUCCGACCAACUUUGAAAUUUACCCUCUUGAGAAAGACUCUCCUGCCGUCCCUGUUUUAAUCAAGGACACAGCAAUGAGCAAGGUGUGGUUCAAGCAGGAUGACAAAUUCUUUCUUCCCAAAGCAUGUUUGAACUUUGAGUUCUUCAGCCCGUUUGCAUAUGUGGACCCAUUACAUUGUAACAUGGCUUAUUUAUACCUGGAGCUCCUAAAAGACUCCCUCAACGAGUAUGCAUAUGCAGCCGAACUAGCUGGUUUGAACUAUGACCUUCAGAAUACCGUCUAUGGGAUGUAUCUCUCUGUUAAAGGUUACAAUGACAAGCAGGACAUCCUUUUGAAGAAGAUCAUUGAGAAGAUGGCCACGUUUGAGAUCGAUGAGAAGCGGUUCGACAUCAUCAAGGAAGCGUACAUGAGGUCUCUGAAUAAUUUCAGAGCAGAACAACCGCACCAGCACGCCAUGUACUACCUUCGUCUACUCAUGACUGAGGUGGCCUGGACCAAAGAUGAACUCAGAGAUGCUCUAGAGGAUGUAACUCUCCCGCGGCUCAAGGCUUUCAUACCUCAGCUGUUGUCACGGUUACAUAUUGAAGCCCUUCUCCACGGUAACAUCACCAAGGAGUCUGCACUUGGUAUGAUACAAAUGGUAGAGGACACUCUUAUUGAGCACGCACGCACAAAGCCUCUCCUACCCAGCCAACUGAUCCGCUACAGAGAGGUGCAGGUUCCAGACGGUGGCUGGUAUGUUUAUCAGCAGAGGAAUGAAGUGCACAACAACUGCGGCAUCGAGAUCUACUACCAGACUGACAUGCAGACCACCCAUGAGAACAUGCUGCUGGAGCUAUUCUGUCAGAUAAUCUCUGAGCCGUGCUUCAACACGCUGAGAACUAAAGAGCAGCUGGGCUACAUUGUGUUCAGCGGGCCAAGGCGGGCCAACGGGGUCCAAGGCCUUCGCUUCAUCAUCCAGUCAGAAAAGGCGCCUCACUACCUGGAGAGCCGCAUCGAGGCCUUCCUUUGCACCAUGGAGAGAUCAGUGGAGGAGAUGAGCGAGGAAGCCUUCCAGAAACACAUCCAGGCCUUGGCCAUCCGUCGCCUGGACAAGCCCAAAAAGCUGUCUGCCGAGUGUGCCAAGUACUGGGCGGAGAUCAUUUCCCAACAGUAUAAUUUUGAUCGAGACAAUAUUGAGGUUGCCCACCUGAAGACGUUAACUAAAGAUGACAUCACGCAAUUCUACCGUGAGCGCCUGACCCUGCACGCUCCCAAAAGACACAAGAUGUCAGUUCACGUGCUGUCCAGAGAGAUGGACACCUGUCCCCUUGUUGGAGAAUUUCCAGCUCAGAAUGAUGUCAACUUGGCCCCGGCACCCUCUUUGCCCCAGCCGUCGGUGGUCCGGGACAUGACAGAGUUCAAGAGGAGCUUGCCUCUUUUCCCUCUGGUCAGGCCUCACGUCAACUUCAUGGCAGCCAAACUGUGAGCGAGCGUGGCCGCGCGCACGCGCUGGGCCCAUGCCACAGCGGAAUGUCGGAAAGACUCGGAUCUGACUGAAACUUGCAUGUGUGUGUUUAGUGGAGUACAUAUGAAUGUGUGAGCAAGCAGGCUGGAUCCACUAGAAGGAGAUGCUUGGAAACUAAUGCGUGUAAUAGAGAUACAGGUCACCAUAGUUGUGAUUCACGGUAGAGCCUCGUGUUCAAGUUGAACAGGAGAUGCAACACUUCAAUAAUGAUGUCACAGUCCUGUAUAAGCUUUUUGUAGAGGAGCUAGACAUCACCCGACAAAGAACUUUUUACUCGUCGUCAUGUUCACAGCGAUGGUUUUAUUCCUCGCAGUUUUCUUUUUAACCUGUUAAAAUAUUGGGACCCUUUUGAGGUAUUUUUAAUCAGCUUACCAUGAAGAACCUCACCCGUAGAACGUUAUUUAUUUCUUUUCUUUUUUUUUUCCAACUUAAAAUACUUUUUAAAAGAUAUCUCAGGGGUACUCACGUGCUGAUUUUUUUUAAACCUUUCGUUUUUGUUUUAUUGGUCUGUCAUCUACAUUAAUAUUUUAUUCAUUUAAAUAAAAAUGUGAUCAAAUCCUACUUGUCAUCAUAUGGGUUUGUUGACUAAAGAAUUAAGUGUGUAGUGGAGGUUAACUCAUCUCACCGAUGGUCCACGAGUGACAAGUUCAAUUCCAGCUGUGUUCACUAUGGCUCAUGCUCUCCCCUCUGUAGAAUGAAGGAACAAGUGAGAGCAUGGUUCCGCCACAUUCAGCAGAGAAAUCAGAGAGAGCAUCCUUUCCAGCUG